AAUGUCAUCUAUAUAAGCCCACACAGAAAUCCAAUUUCCUUAUCACGAAGAAUUGUUUUCCUCUGUAGUAAAUAAGUAGUAUUAAUUGCAUCCAUGGCAAGACCAGAUUAUUUUCAUGUCGUUUCUCUGUGGGUAUUAGUAACUGCGACGCUGUGCAAUUGUGCAGCCAAUCUGCACAAUAGCUUUGAAGAACCCAGAGUCGGACAUGAAAACGUUAUCGACCUGCAGGUCGCAAGGGUCGAAAACGUUAUCGACUCACAUGUUGCAAUGGGCGAAAAUGAUAAGGACCUGCGGGUUGCAAGGGAUGAAAAUGUCAAGGACAAAUGGGUCAAAGGGGAUGACAGCAUCAAGGACUUGUGGGUCACAAUGGACCGAGGGGUUAUAAGGGAUGAAAAUGUUAAGGACCCAUUAGUCUUAAGGGAUGAAAAUAUCAAGGAUAUAUGGGUCAUAAUGGGUGAAAAUGUCAAGGAUCCAUGGGUUGUAAGGGGUGAAAAAGUUAAGGAUCCAACAGUCGCAAUGGGUGAAAACUUCGAGGAUCCACAAGUCAUAAGGGAUGAAAACAUUAAGGACACACAAGUUGCAAUGGGUGAAAACAUCAAGGAUCUAUGGGUUACAAUGGGCGAAAAUUUCAAGGAUUCAUCAAUUGUAAUGGAUGAGAAUGUCAAGGACCUCCAGGUUGCAAGGGACAAACGGGUUAAAGACUUGCAGAUUGUAAGAGGCGAAAAUAUCAAAGACCCACAAAUCACAACCAACGACCCCAUGAUCGCAAUCCACGAAACCAUCGAAAACCCACGAGUUGUGCAGAGCAAAAACGUUUUUGUCACAACAGACAAAAACGUUAUCAACCCGAGGGUUGCACCACAUGGUUUCACUGUGGGGCUUGUUCGAGCAGACUCCGCGCCCGGGCAAGAAACCCCCCACAAGUCAGAACAGUUGCGCCGGGCCAUCGACCGAAGCCGAGGCAGGCUACGCAGCUUCCAGGCUCUGAAAGACGUCGAGACGCCUGUCCACGCAGGCAGGGGAGAAUACCUGAUGCAAAUAGCUUUGGGAACCCCGGCCAUAACAUACAAUGUAGUCAUGGACACGGGAAGUGACCUGAUCUGGACCCAAUGUGACCCCUGCACCAAGUGCUACCACCAGCCGGCCCAAAUCUUCGACCCGUCGAAAUCCAACACAUACUGCAAAAUCCCCUGUUCGAGCGACUUCUGUGAACAGUUUUCCUCGUCCGAAUGCACAUCGGAUUGCGAGUACGUCUACAAAUACGGCGAUGGGUCGUUCACCAGGGGCGUUCUGAGUUCAGAGACCUUCCUUUUCACAGGCACAGACGGCCAUAACAUGACCUUCUCCAAGGUCGCUUUUGGGUGUGGGAAUGACAAUGAAGGAGAAGGUUUUACUCAGGGGAGUGGUAUAGUUGGCAUGGGCAGAGGCCCUCUGUCACUUAUCUCUCAAAUGGGGGAUCGGGCCGGCAAUAAAUUCUCUUACUGUUUGGUCCCAAUUGACGAUCCGGGGUCUAAAACCAGUCCUUUGCAAUUCGGAUCCGCUGCAGAGUUCAGCAGUCCGGGCAUGAAAAAGACUCCAUUUAUGCAAAACCAAGCUGUGCCCAGUCUGUAUUACCUUAAUCUGGAGGGCAUCUCGGUCGGAGGUUCUCGACUGGACAUUCCAGCGGGCACUUUUGAGCUCCGUCCCGACGGGAGUGGCGGAAUUUUCAUCGAUUCGGGCACCACCAUUACUUUUCUGGAAGAAGCUGCGUACAGGUCGGUGAAAAGAGGAGUGGAGGAAGUGGUGAAACUGGAGGAAGCGGAUGGGUCAGGAAUAGGUCUGGAUUUGUGUUAUGAGCUUCCCAGUGAUCCGUCUCAGGCAACUGUUCCGGGCAUUACUUUUCAUUUUGCAGGAGGUGCGGAUUUCGAGCUCCCUGCGCGUAAUGCUUUUGUUGUGGAUGAGGAGAGCGGAUUGCUCUGCCUCGCCAUUGCUGGGUCUCGUGGGCUGUCGAUUUUUGGGAACAUUCAGCAGCAAAACUUUCAUAUUCUUUAUGAUCUGGCUGAGAAUAAUCUGGGUUUUGUUACUGCCGCCUGCGAUCAUCUCUUAUAAGCUUUGUUUUGCUCUGACAUUUUGAAUAUACAUGUGUCCUGACUUGGAGCAGAAAGAACGGCCCGCCAUAUAAUUUGUGCUAGACUUGAAUAAUGCAGUCUGAUAUGGCUAUACCUAUAUAUUUUACUAAAGUUUAUUAUGGAAGUUUUAUAGGAGAACCUUUCCCAUUCCCUCUUUGAUUAUGUUUGGAGUGGGUACUAAGGUGUUCACAACUUUUUAAACUUAAUAAAAUAGUUUUGUAUUUUUGAAGGAUUAAGGUUUGUUUUUAUUUCUUUUGUUCA